CUCCUUCUUCUUUGCCACCGGCGCUCAAGAGACCUUAAACCGUUUUCCUUGGUAGUCUCGCAAACUUCUCCUUCUUCUUUGCCACCGGCGCUUAAGAGACGUUAAACCGUUUUCCUUGGUAGUCCUUUCAUUCUCCUUGUCUUUCGCCAUUCGCCGGGGCGGGGAAGAUGGGGAAGAUCAAGGGAAAGCAGCGGCAGGACAAGUUCUACUACUUGGCGAAGGAGCAAGGUUAUCGCUCCCGUGCGGCCUUCAAGCUGCUGCAGCUCGAUGCGAAAUACCGCUUCUUGCCCUCCGCUCGCUCCAUCCUCGAUCUCUGCGCCGCCCCCGGUGGGUGGCUCCAGGUCGCCGUUCGCCAUGCCCCUGUCGGCUCCUUCGUCAUCGGCGUCGAUCUCUUCCCUAUCCGCCCCGUCCGUGGCGCCCAUGCCCUGGUCGAGGACAUCACCACGCCCCGAUGCCGCGCCGCCAUCAAGCGCCUUAUGGACUCCAAUGGCUGCUCCGCCUUCGACGUCGUGCUGCACGACGGAUCUCCCAACGUCGGAGGGGCCUGGGCGCAGGAGGCCACCUCGCAGUCGUCUCUCGUCGUUGAUUCGGUGCGGUUAGCCACGAAUUUCUUGGCCCCCAAAGGCACCUUCGUUACCAAGGUUUUCAGGUCACAGGAUUACAGUGCUAUUAUCUACUGCCUUAAGCAGCUUUUUGAGAAAGUUGAGGUGACUAAACCUGUUGCCAGCCGAUCCACUUCUGCAGAAAUUUAUGUUAUUGGUUUGAGGUAUAAAGCCCCUGCAAAAAUUGAUCCACGUCUUCUUGACAUGAAACAUCUAUUUCAAGGGGCUAUAGAACAUCCUAAGGUUGUGGAUGUUCUUAGAGGAUCAAAGCAAAAAAGAAAUCGCGAAGGAUAUGAGGAAGGAAAUACUACACUGUGGAAGGUAGGCUUAGUUUCUGAUUUUAUAUGGUCAGAGGCACCGCUGGAGUUUCUUGGUUCUGUAAACGCACUGUCAUUUGAUGACCCAGCAUGUUUGCCUAUUAGAGAUCACGAAUUUACCACAGAUGAGGUUAAAUCAUUAUGUGAGGACUUGUAUGUACUCGAUAAAAGCAGCUUCAAGCAUCUUUUAAAGUGGCGCAUGCACAUUAAAAAGGCAUUGGCAUCAGCUGACAAGGCCGUUCCAAAGGUUGAUGAGGACGCUCCAAAGGUUGAUGAUGCUGAAGAUGACACAAAAGGCAAUGAUGAUGAUUCUCUGCUAAAUGAAAUGGAAGAGCUCGCACACUUGUUGGACCGGAAGAAAAAGAAAGCGAAGAAACUACUUUCAAAACGACGAGCUAAAGAAAAAGCACGGAGAGCGAUGGGAAUGCAAAUUGAUGCUACAGAAGAUAGUUAUUUUGAUCGUGACUUGUUUUCUCUUUCUGCCAUCAAGGGGAAGAAAGAGUUGUCAGCAAUUGAUUCUGCAGAGCUAGAUGAUGAAUACAGCAAGGGUGAUGCAGCAGACAGUGAAGAUGAAACCCAGACAGCCAUGCUCCAUGAUGAUUCUUCCAGUGAAAUGGAUUCUGAUGAGGAACAGAAGAGAUAUGAUGCACAACUUGAGGAAAUGCUUGAUGAAGCUUAUGAACGGUAUGUGAUUAGAAAGGGAGGAAAUACCAAAAAACAAAAACGUGCAAAACGAGACACAGCUAGUAAUGAUGUGGAUAUUUUAGAGGGAGAUAAUGGUGAUGGACUAGUUGAUGAUGAAAUAGAUCAACAUCUGAGUGCUAAAGAAUCAAAUCCUCUCGUGGUACCUUUGGAUGAGGAUGAGCAGCCGACCACAGAGCAACUUGUGGAAAGGUGGUUUAGUCAAGAUGUAUUCACUGAAGCACCAACAGAUGACGCCUUUGAAAAAAGUGAUAGUGAAGAUGAGAAGGAGGAGAAAUUUGUCAAAGUUCCUGCAAAGUCCGAGGGUAACAUGAAACAGUCCAAGGACUUGACCCUGCCUAUAUCAAAGAAACCAGAGGAGGAUGAUUUUGAAAUUGUUCCAGCAGAGCGCAUGGAAACAAGUGAUGACUCGUCAUCAUCCUCUGAUGAAUCAGAGGAAAUGGACGACGACUCAAAAGCUGAAAUAUUGGCUUAUGCAAAGAAGAUGCUGAGGAAGAAACAAAGGGAGCAGAUUCUUGAUGAUGCCUACAACAAAUACAUGUUUGACGAUGAAGGUUUGCCAAAAUGGUUUGCAGACGAGGAAAAGCAGCACUGCCAACCCACGAAGCCGAUCACUCGAGAGGAAGUUGCUGCAAUGAGGGCACAGUUCAGGGAGAUUGAUGCCCGCCCUGCUAAGAAGGUGGCGGAGGCCAAAGCCAGGAAGAAGCGUGCUGCGAUGAGAAAGCUGGAAAAGGUACGACAGAAGGCGAAUACCAUUGCAGACCAGACUGACAUAUCAGAACGAUCAAAGGGGAAGAUGAUCGAUCGACUUUACAAGAAGGCAAUGCCGAAGAAGCCUAAGAAGGAGUACGUUGUUGCAAAGAAGGGCGUUCGGAUGAAGGGUGGGAAGGGGAAGGUGCUAGUGGACCGCCGGAUGAAGAAGGAUGCAAGGUCUCGCGGGACGGGGAGGCCAGGGAAGGGUGGUUUGAAAAAGGGCAAGGGAGCAAAUGGUCAGAAGGGUCAGAAGGGCCAGAAGGCCAAACAAUCUGCAAAAUCACCCAGAAAGGGGGCGGGGAAGGGACGCAAGAAUAAAGGCCAAAUGCAGGAAUGAUUUUUUUUCCAGUUUGAACUUAAAAUGUUGAAGAUUCCUUUUGUUGGAUACAUCUGAUGUAACUGAGUUUUGUUGCUUACUCAAAGAUUAUGGCAAAAGAAUGUCUUCAAACUCA